ACAGCGCUGGAGCCAAUGCAGGGAGAGAAGCAGGAAAGGAAUACAGAGGGGCCAGUAUAUAUUGAGCUGCCCACAGUGCUUUUAGUUCCUCUCACAGCAGUACAAGGUGUGCCACUGAGUCCUGUGCUGCAGGAUCCACUGGCCUCAGACAUGGGACGUCUGGUCCUCCCUGUCUUCCUCGUCCUCGGCCUCUCUUUGCUCCACUUCUGCUCCAGCCGUCCACCUCGCACCAGGAAGGCUGUUUCAUUCCGUCAGUCUGGAGAUGCAGCUGCAGAGGACGAUGAUGUGAAGUCCCAGCUUGAGAAGUUGUGGCAGGAGGUGAAUUCACUGAAAGAGAUGCAGGCACUGCAGACAGUCUGUCUUCGGGGCAUUAAAGCUCACAGAAAGUGUUAUCUCACCAUUGAGGAACCCAAACAUUACCAUGAGGCAAAUGAAGACUGCAUUGCACAAGGAGGAACUCUCGCAACGCCACGGGACAUGAUGGAAAACAAUGAGCUGAGAGACUAUGCCAAGAGGAGUGCCCCGGGAUCCAAGGACUUCUGGAUCGGUGUGGCAGACAUAGUGAAAGAAGGCCAGUAUGUUGAUGUCAACAGCCUGCCAGUCAGCUACUUCAACUGGGAUCGCUCCAAGAAGCAGCCCACAGGAACGAAAAAGGAGAGCUGUGUUGCUCUUUCAGUGGCUGCACAAGGAAAGUGGUACGAUGAGGUGUGUCGCAGCUUGAAGAAGUACAUCUGUGAAUAUGUGAUUCCCUGAAGGAGACACAGUGGCUGUUGACAGUUUGAGGAUCAUUUAUGCGGGUUUAAUUGAUUGAAACUGUAAAAAUAUAACAUAUUGUUAAUGAUAGAAACAUGACUUCUAUUAAAAUGUAUCUUUGAGGUCAUUAAUUAGGUUUCUAAUAAGGUUUAAUAUACACAGUAGGAACAGUAUUCAUGUGAUAAUCAGGUGGGAUUUCUCUGUGAUAAAAAAAAUAUCAGUCAAUUUUAUGUUCAUUUUACAGAAAUCCAAAAGCCCUACAUGAUGACUGAACAGCAUGAGAAAUGAGAAUUAAGUCUCAUAGAAAUAAAGUUUUCAAAAAAGAAA